UCUCCGCCGGGGAAAUAAGGAGCAUAAGGGAAUGUAAUCCUGCCAGAAGCCUCUCCCCUGUUUAUUUUCCUCUUCCCACAUCCAUGCUGGCAACUUCGGGGAAUAAUUUAACAUAAAGAUGAGCAGGGAGAGCAGAGGCAGUUGCAGCACGGCGUGAAGGUAACCUUGAGCUGAGCCCUAUAAACCCCGGCCUCCGUCAAGGCAGGAUUAAAGAAACUUUCCUGGCAAUGCAGAGCUGGGAAUCCCAGCCUGGCACUGGGAAUUGCAGCCUCGGGGUGCCCGCACCCAGCCUGGCCCUGGCCCACUGCACCUUCUCAUCUGGUGGAGAUUUCCUGCCCUGGGAGUGAGCUGAAAGGGGUUUCCUUACACAAAAGGGUGCCAGGCAGCAUUCCAGGCUCCAGGCGAUUCCAGGCACUUUCCAUUCUUUGUCUGAAAGGGCAGCGGGGCCGUUCCCAUCCCAGCGAUGCCUGACCGAGCCGGUGCCGCCGGGAGCGAGGAGCUGCGGCAGCUGCUCGGCUUUCAAAUCACCUUCAAACCCCGAUUUCCUUAACAUGAUCCCUCCAUCAGCGCAGUCCCCGGGGCACAGCCGGGGGACUUUGCCGGCAGGAGAAUAAACCGGGGCUGGAGGUGGCAGCCGGCGCUGGAGCACCCCGGCCACCGCGCGGGGACUCAAAAUCCACCUUCCCCAGCACUCCAAGACUUUUUAGGGUCGGGCAAACAGCUUUGCACGAGCUCACCCUGUAGCCCUCACCCCUUUUUCUCGCCGGGAUUCACCUCCAACCCGGGCGGGAUAAUCCCCUCCUCGGAGCAUCCCUGGAGCCGCAGAGCAGCUUCCCCGCGGCGCCGGCUGCCGGGGAAGGGAUGAAGACGCUAUGGCCAAACUUUUGCUAAAACUCCAGCGGUAUUUUCGGCGCAAACCCGUGCGUUUCUUCACUCUGCUGGCUCUGUACCUGGCGGCCGGCAGCUUGGUUUUCCUGCAUUCCGGCUUUUCCGGGGAGCCCACGGUGCCGGGGAGCCCGCGCAGCCCCGCGGCCGCCGAGGGGCCGGGGCUGCCCUACCUGGGGGUGAUGCAGCUCAGCCGCGGCUUCAAGGCGGCAGCCACCAUGCCGGCAGGAGGCCGAAGACACGGUCCCUGGUUCAAAAGCACCUCCAAGGAGCCGGCGGACAGGGGAAAAUCCCGGGAUAACGGCGGCGCUCGGAGCCGGGCGCUCAGGGCCAGGAGCGGCCGCGAGAAGGAGGAGGACAGAGCCCGGUACAUCGGCUGCUACGAGGACAACACCCGGCAGAGGACCCUGCGCGGGAUGUCCUUCUUCGACUACAAGAAGAUGACGGUGUUCCGCUGCCAGGACAACUGCGCCGAGCGGGGGUACCUGUACGCAGGGCUGGAAUUUGGGGCCGAGUGCUACUGCGGGCACAAGAUCCAAGCGUCCAACGCCAGCGAAUCCGAGUGCAACAUGGAAUGCAAGGGCGAGCGGAGCAACACCUGCGGCGGGAUCAACCGGCUCUCCAUCUACCGCCUGGAGCUGGCCCAGGAAUCCGCCCGCAGGUAUGGAAGCGCGAUUUUCCGGGGGUGCUUCCGCCGGCCGGAGAACGUCUCCAUCGCCCUGCCCGCCAGCCAGCUCAUGCUCAACAUGUCCGUGGAUAAAUGUGUGGAUUUCUGCACGGAGAAGGAAUUCCCGCUGGCAGCACUGGCGGGCACCACGUGCCGCUGCGGCUUUCCCAGCACGCUGUUCCCGCUGCACGAGCGCGAGGACGAGCAGCUCUGCGCCCACAAAUGCGCCGCCGAGGAGUUCGAGAGCUGCGGCUCCGCCGACUUCCUGCUGGUCUACCAGACACAAGUGCAGGACAACCGCUGCAUGGACAGGAGGUUCCUGCCCAGCCGUGCCAAGCAGUUGGUGGCCCUGGCCAGUUUUCCUGGAGCUGGGAACACCUGGGCCCGGCACCUGAUCGAGUUGGCCACCGGCUUCUACACCGGCAGCUACUACUUCGAUGGCUCCCUCUACAACAAAGGAUUCAAGGGCGAGCGGGACCACUGGAGGAGUGGGAGGACCAUUUGCAUCAAGACCCACGAGAGUGGGCAGAAGGAGAUCGAGUCCUUCGACUCGGCCAUCCUGCUCAUCCGCAACCCCUACAAGGCCCUGAUGGCCGAGUUCAACCGCAAGUACGGCGGGCACAUCGGCUUCGCCGCCCACGCCCACUGGAAGGGCAAAGAGUGGCCGGAGUUUGUGGCCAACUACGCCCCGUGGUGGGCGACGCACACGCUGGACUGGCUGCGCUACGGGAAGAAGGUGCUGGUGGUGCACUUCGAAGACCUCAAGCGGGACCUGUUCGCGCAGCUGCAGAGGAUGGUGGCCCUGCUGGGCGUCACGGCCUGCGAGGACAGGCUGCUGUGCGUGGAGGGACAGAAGGACGGCAACUUCAAGCGCUCGGGCCUGAGGAAACUGGAGUACGACCCCUACACGCCCGAGAUGAGGAAGGCGAUCAGCGGCUACAUCCGAACCGUGGACGCGGCGCUGAAGCUCCGCAACCUCUCGGGGGUCCCCGAGGAUUAUUUCCCCAGAUGAUGGUGACCACGGAGGGGGCACCGUGGUCAGGAGUGGCUCGGUCCUCCCAGAUUCUGCCUAAUUCCACCCAGUGGGUGGCUCCUCUUUUAACCCUCCGUGCGCCGCUGUAGCUGUUGGUCACUCCCCGCAUGAGCCGCCACAGGUCCUCGGCCGCCGCUGAGCUUUUUUUGUUUGGCCAGCCUGGGGACAUGGGUGCCUUCCCUGCCCCAGGGAUCCCUGCUCCUGUUCUGGCUGCCCCAGCCCUCCUGGGAAGUGCAAUGGGAUCUCUGUGUCCCCUCAGGCUCUCCUGGGGACGUCGAGCUGCUCAGGCCGGGUGGGUGUCCCCAAAAUCCCAGCCCUGGAAGGAUUCCACUUGUCCUUGGAUGGAAUCUUCAGCCUUCCCAAGGGAGGAUGGACCAAGGGAUCCUGCCUGAGGUUGUGGGAUUGCAAGGCCGUGCUGUGCAAUGUCCCCGCACGUGGCUGUGGCUCCCUGAGAACUCCCUGCAAUUCCCCAGCCACAGCACCAGGCCAAGCUGCUGCUCCAGCCCAUGGUGGGGGCCCAUGUCCCCCAGCAGUGUGGCUACAGGUGGAAGUUCUCCUUCCCUGUGGAUGCAGCUCCAGAGGGGGACGUUUUCCCUGCACAGACGAGCUGCUGGGACCCACGAGCUCACCCAGGCCUCGUCUCAGAGCCCACGAGCCAGCACAGCCCCUCAGGAGCAUUUUUGAGGAGCCAGGAGCAGUUUGGGAGAGCAGGAGCAGGAUCCACACCGCUCCUGUGGGGAGCAAACCCCGGGGCUGAGCUUUGGGACGUCCCAAAGCCGAACCAAAGGAUCCCACAGAGCAGGAACGUGCUGAUUUCCAGGCUGGCUUUGUGCACAGCUGCAUGUGGUCCCUGGCUGUCCCCUCAUCCCACGCCACCCUCCCCAUCCUGCCUUUGUCCCAAACGAGCUCCCCAAAGCUCCCAACCCGCAAGACCCCCUUGGAUGUAGGUGCAAAAGCCAUAUAUUGUACGCAGCCUUUUCUAGAGUUAGAGAUCCACCAGUUGGCUUUUAACUCUCGAUCCUGACAGAAAUGCAGGCACAGGUCGAAUCCAGAGACGCUGCUUGGUCUCUAUUCCAAGAGAGAAGAAAACUCCCUGGAGCAAAAAGGAGAAUUUCAAUAAAAAUAUUCUAUUUUUCUAACGUG